AUAUUUGUUUAAUUGUUUAAUCAUUGUCCCUAUCCCUAAAGCUAUUUAUUUAAUGAGUUUAGCUCAAUUUUGUGCGAUUUGAGCCAUUUUGGUUAAUUUUGGUAAAUUUUGGUAAAUUUUGGUUAAUUUUGGUUUAUUUUGGUCGUUUUGGUAGUUUGGUUGUGUUUUGGUUUUUUAGUCCGACCCCUCUUUAAGAGCUUUCUUAAAAUGAUUACCUCAAGUUUACUGGAACCAAAGCUGUGCUUACUCAUUAAUUUUACUUUAUUUAUAAAUUGUACAUUAAUCUUUACGUUGUUUAAGUGAAAUCUGAUCAACUGAAUAAUAUUGAACACCUUUGAUAACCGAUUUUAUUAUGAUAUCUUCUAAUAUUCAUCACUUUCCAUUUGACUUGUUGAAAGAUGGUUUAUUGAGUUUACCUUUAUCCUCUUUGAGUUAUUAGUGAUCCAUUUCCAACAGUUUUACUGCAAAGUUUUAUAUCUACGAUUUCUAUUUUCAUCAACCAUGCUAUCGUAUCUAUUAUGUUUUUAAAUAAGCUGUUGAUAAAUCAAUUGUGACUCCUUUUAGAGAUUUGGGCUUACCAUAUCCUCGUUCGCGACAGCUUUUUUGACAAUGGUUGUCAGUAAGUUGCAUCAGCCGUUACUGUAACAUAAACAUAUUUCACCAUAAUUUGUAAAUAGUUGAAAUAGCUGGCACCCUAAAAUAUCGAUUGUUUUAUUAUACAAGAGAUCCUAUUCUCGUCAUUUUAAUCUGUUUUUAUUCAUUUUAUACGGAUACUCAAAUUCUUAGACUAACAACAUGACUACUGUGGAGCCAGUAGCUUCAACCUCAGGUUUGAAUGGCCAGUCUGAACAGCCUGGUCAACCUGGUCAACCCGGUAAAACCAUCAGCCUAAUGGCUAUUCAGGAUAAUAAAGCCGGCAUGAAAGGAUUAGACAAGGAGAAAAUCAACCAGCUGCUCUAUGAAGCGACUAAAGAUACUCUUCAUUUUAAGCAUGAACAAGAAAGAGACAAUCGAAUAGAUGCACAGAUUAAAAAAAUGAUGAAAGAUUGGGAAUCAUUUACGCACCCAUUGAAGCAAAAUGCUUUAGAGAUGAUGGAAAAAGCCCGUGAAAAUCGUGGCUAUGAAAAGCAAGCUCUUGAUAUCAGUCAAAUCAUUGUUCAUGUUGACAUGGAUAUGUUUUAUGCCGCGGUUGAAAUGAGAGAUGAUCCGAGUCUAUGCGAUAAACCUAUGGCAGUUGGUUCACUACGGAUGAUUUGUACUUCAAAUUACGUUGCUCGUCGUUUUGGAGUACGUUCUGGAAUGGCUGGUUUCAUUUGUAUGAAACUUUGUCCUGAUCUAAUCAUAGUUCCCUGCAAUAUGCGCAAAUAUUCCCAAGUCAGCGGUAUUAUAAUGAGCAUUCUAAGGCGUUAUGAUCAAGAUCUUUUCGUAAUGAGCUGCGAUGAAGCUUAUCUCAAUAUUACGACUUAUAUUAUUCAACUAUUCCUUAAAGAGAAUCCAGAUUGGGACGGUCCUGUGAUAAUUGAAGAUCAAUUAACGGGUGAAAGAAAGUUAAUUCCAGAAUGCUGGGAUCUAGCUUUUAAAGUUGUUGAUGAUAUUCGAACUCAAAUUCUAGAAGCUACUAAAUUAACUGCUUCUGCUGGAAUCGCAACUACAUCUAUGUUAGCUAAAAUUUGCUCUGAUUUAAACAAACCCAAUGGACAGUAUAUGUUACGAGGAUCAAGUUUUGAACACAUCCAGGAUUUUGUAGAUAAAUUGGACGUCCGUAAAGUAACUGGCAUUGGAAUGGUACAAGAAAAAAUUCUGAAAGCUUUUAAUAUCAAUACUGUUAAGGAUAUGUGGGAACAGCGUGAUGUAAUUUAUUUGCUGUUUAAGCCGGCCGCUAUCGACUUCUAUUUAAGAGUUUCCCUCGGCUUAGGAUCCAUUCAUUCAAAGAAUGAAGAUGAGCCUUUGCGAUCUCGUGGCCAUGGGUGUUCAUUCAAAGCCACCAAUGAUUUUAACUGGUUAGACAAUCAAUUAAUGCAACUUAGUGAACAACUAGCUGAUACUCUUGACGACUAUGGUUUAAAAGGAAAAAUAGUUGUCCUUCGAUUGGAAAAAGAUUCAUUUGACUCUUUUGUUAGAAGUCGUCGAAUACCAUUUUUCACAUCUGAUUGUGCGGUUAUUUAUCAAACAGCCAAAUCAAUUCUAAAAGCACAAUUAUCCUCCGAUGGUGUAACUAAAUGGAGGGCAAUGGGAGUUAGGGUAACUCAUCUUAAUGUUAAUGCAGUUACUUCAGUUGAUGAAAAAAAACAAAUGACUUUGGAUAAGUUUCUUUUCAAAAAAUUUGUUCCUUCAAACAAAGAUACAUCUUUUAAUGCUGCCGAUACAUCUAUCAACGAUUCAUCACAAGAAAUUGAAUAUUGUGACGAGAAAUCUCAGGAGGUUACUAUUGACGAUGAAUUUCUUUGCACUUAUUGUUCAAAAACAUUUAGUGACUAUGAUGCAUUUGAGGAACACGUAUCAAGCUGUCAGGAAGCAGAUAAACUGGCCUAUCUCAGUCAAACAACUAUCGAAACUAUUGAGGUCGAAUCCGAUGAAGAUGCCGAUGAAUACAUCUGUACAAACUGUGAUAAAAAUUUUCUAGAUUAUAAUGAAUUUGAACAACAUCUAGCAAUUUGCCUGGAGGAUAAGUUCAGCGACGAUGAAAGUCCUCAAGAUAUUUUAAAAGAAGAAGUACCUAACUCAAUUGAACACAUUUCUGUCAAAAUUUCAGAAAUCACCUCAACUAAAGGCUGUCAUAAAUAUCAGAACGAAGAUGAAGAUAUCGAAUCAAGUCAAAGAUUGCCCAAGAUGAUAAAACUUUGAAAUUUUAAAUUUACUCGUUUUUUGCGAAUCAUUUUAUAGCUUAGCCUGCCUGUUUAUAUCCUAAUUGUUAGAGAUGAAUUCCAUAGCAUUUAAGGUUCACAGAAUCUAACUUCAAAAAUUUUGACCUGCUUAUGCUCUAAUCAAUUGUACUUCAUCUCACAUAAGUGUGAUUAUUACACUCUAUUUAUGUAAAGUUUUAAUCGAUCAAUUCAAUUGCAUUUCUACUUUUAACGAAUGAACGAAUAUUUCAAAAUAAAUCAUUUUACGAUUUUUAAA